CAAAAAGUGUCCGGGGUGCACAUAAAUGCGGUGAGAGCAGCCUGGUCCAACCGCGCCAGCGUCGGUCAGCACGCCCUCCUACUGCGGCGCCACUCCGCCACGUGACCGGGCCGCGCCAGCCUGCCCCUGGCCAUGGAGGCAGAGGUGUCAGUUCGCGACGCGGCCGCCUCGGUGUUGGUGGCGCUGCUGGUCGGCUUCCUGGUGCGCCGCAUGCUGAAGCGGACGCCGCGCGUGCUGACCCGCGACACCCGGCGCGGCCACCGCUGGUCCCACACCGGCAUGUUCUCUCAGCCGAGCUACUGCAACAUCUGCGAGUCGCUGCUGAUGACGUCACAGGGCGCCUUCUGCGACGCAUGCGGCGUGUGCGCCUGCCAUCCGUGCGUGCGCUCGGCCAACAAGCAGCUGACCUGCAAGGCGGUGACGUCACGCGAGACUUCCCACAAACACCACUGGGUGCAGGGGAACCUGCCGUUCGACUCGGCCUGCGAGGUGUGCGAGGCGGGCGUGGGCGACUCGCCGGCGCUGGUCGGCCUGCGCUGCUGCUGGUGCCAGCGCACCGUGCACGACGAGUGCAGGAGGAACAUGUCCGAGGUGUGUGACCUGGGCGAGUUCGCCGAGUUCGUGGUGCCGCCGCACUGCGUCAAAGUGCGCGCCACCCGCACCGUGCCUCGCCGCCUGGCCAUCUCCCAGGUCGCGGAGCCCGGCGCGGCCGCCAACAGGGACUGGACGCCGCUGGUGGUGAUCGGCAAUCGGAAGUCGGGGAACAAUGACGGCGAGCAGGUGCUCUCGGCGUUCCGGAGAUAUCUCAACCCGGCGCAGGUGGUGGACCUGGCGGAGCAGCGGCCGGAGGACGGCCUGGAGUGGUGCCACCUGGUGGGCUCCGAGAGGUGUCGCGUUCUCGUGGCCGGAGGUGAUGGCACGGUCGACUGGGUGCUGAACGCCAUCGACAACCUCAAGCUCGAGCCGCCGCCGGCCGUCGGUAUCCUGCCGCUGGGGACCGGCAACGACCUGUCGCGCGUGCUCGGCUCGGGCGAGGCCUACACCGAGGUGGACCCGCAGCGUGUCAUGCGGCGGCUCGCCGACGCCCGGGUCAUCCUCGUCGACCGCUGGCUGGUGCAGCUGGACCCCCUGCGGCACGUGCACCUGCCCGGCUCCACGGUUCGCAUGACCAACUACGUCAGCCUGGGCGUGGACGCGCUGGUGACGCUCAACUUCCACAAGACGCGCGAGUCGCCGCACUACCUCUGGAGCAGCCGGCUGGUGAACAAGCUGAUCUACUUCUGCUACGGCACCAAGGACGUGCUGGAGCGCGAGUGCAAGGACCUGCAGCGCAAGCUGACCCUGAAGAUGGACGGCCGGCUGGUGGAGCUGCCCGACAUCGAGGCGCUGGUGGUGCAGAACAUCGCCACCUGGGGCGCUGGCGUCAGGCCCUGGGAGCUGGGACAGGGCGCCGGGCCCGCCGGCUGCCAGCGGGCCGACGACGGCCUACUGGAGGUGUUCUGCGUCUACUCGUCGUUUCACAUCGCCCAGAUGCAGGUGGGCCUGUCCGAACCGCUGCGGCUCGGGCAGGCCCGCACCAUCGAGGUCACGCUGUGCUCCAAGGUGCCGAUGCAGCUGGACGGCGAGCCGUGGGAGCAGGGGCCGUGCGUCAUCCGCGUCUCCCACCACAACCAGGCGCGCAUGCUGCAGAUGGCGUGGCCCGAGGGCUGACCGGCCGGGCGCGACCGUCGCGGCCGCAGGGGCGAGCCGGGUCAGGCCAGGGCGGAUGAAGCGGGGUCGGAUCAGGACGGACCAGCUCAGGUUGGGUCAGCA